AAAUCCCAUCGCAGAGUUUGAACAAAACCUUCCCAGUGAUCUGCUACGUCUCUACACCGUUAGGUGGCUUUCCAGAGGCAAAGUAUCUCAUUUUCUCAAACCUUUGAACCCAGUGAAGCUUUUCCUGGAAGAACAGCACUUGGACGAUCCUGAACUCUCCGAUCCCCACUGAAUUUUUGAUUUAGUGUUUCUGGUGGACAUGCUACAGCACCGGGACACACUGAAAAUAAUCUACAAGGGAAUUUUAAAGAUGCUGCCUUACCUCGUCCAAACAAUAUUUGCAUCUGUCAACAAACUCAAGUUAUUCAAGACUCAUCUUAAAAAGGAAGAACUAACACAUUUUCCUUCUGUGUUAAAUGCAAGCGCACCAGGACCCGAGCUCCUAAAGCUGAGUAUUGCACACUAUACAAUUCUUAUUGCAAAUCUACAACAGAGCUUCAAGGACAGAUUCUACACUUGAAAAGGUCACAAAUUAUGAUGCUUGUUAACCCUUUUGCUGCUGAAUCGGACUGACUGUUUGAACAUGUGAAAUAGAGAUGACUGAAGAAUUUUCUGAAGAUGAGAGACUCAGGUCUGUUCUGAGGGAGAGAACCUCAAUGGAGAAGUAUGCCAAUGUAAAACAAGCUGCACUGAGGCUACUAUCAAUGUUUAGGUCAACCUAUAUUUGUGAAUGAGUUUUAUCAACCCUGAAACAUGUGGAAUCAAAGCUUUAUCUCUUCCAUGAACAAGGCAGUGACUGCAUCCUUAAUCACACCACAACCAAACUCACACAAUCAAAGAUAAGCAUGCAAUCAAAACACAAACAAGCGAGCCCUCUGCAUUGGCCUACUAAUGUUUUGGGGUUAGGACUUGUUUUUUAGUGUUAAAGUUAAAUGGUCAGAUUGAUGAACAGGUUUCUAUGAUGAUAUACAGUGGCCCCAAAACAUUUUUGGACGGAUAAGACACACUUACAAAUAUAUUAAUUUGACUUGCAUUAGAAAACGGUAAUGCAGUGGAAAUCAUUCAUCAGCCUCAAGAAUAAGAAAGCAAGGGUGAAAUUAGCAAAAGAACAUGUACAGAAAAACAACAGUUUCUGGAGAAGCGUCUUAUUUUCAGAUGAAUCCAAAUUUAACUUGGAUGGAUUUGAUGAUUGAGUGUUUGUGUGAAGAAAGUUAGGAGAAGAUUUCCAACCAAACUGCACUAACAGUGCUAUAAAGUGCAGAGGAGGCUGGGGCUGUUUUUCCUCCAGUGGUGUUGGUGAGUUUGUGUUUAUUGAUGGCAUCAUGAAGAAGUGUAUUUAGGAUGCAAGCGAAAUUAUUCAAGCGGCAGAAGUGGAUACUUCCCAGAUCUGUGACCUAAACCCAAUAGAGCAUCUGUGGGAUGCAAUGGAAAUUAUUUAUAUCCUUAUUUAUAUAGGAAAUAUUUCACUUGAUAAGUGUGAUUGUAGUAUCUUUCUUUAAAAUAAAUGGCACUUGGUUUGACAUGUUGUUUUCUAAUACAGUGGAAUUUGUACAGUUGUUGGUUUGGCUGAAGUCCAAACACUUUUUGUAAUUCUAGAACGUUGAUGUGGAGACGUCACAGUCAUGGCUACUGUAACAUCAUUCUAAAAUGAUGACAUGGAAUAAAUCUGGACCUGGUUUCAGUACAGAAACGCAAAGCAAGCGAACACACGCUGCAUCUCAGUCUGCUGAAUACUGCAUCUUACUCUGCUGAACAUUGUGCUACUCACCUGCGUUUCACCUGUAGAACUAUUUUGCGCUAUCACGUUGUUGGGUAAGUAAAAAGAUUACUUAAAAAUAUUUAUUUGCGCCUCAGAAGAAAUGCAGCUUCUGAAACAUGUGUCAGUUCAAGUAUUUGAGAAGUUGACUCAAAUACUGUUAUUUGACAUACAGACUAAUUAAUUUAUUCACAGCCCGUCUCCUGGUCAGCUGACAUCACCAGGCUGAACACCGAGAGCUUUUAAAGAAUAAACUGCAGAAGUCACUUAACGCUACCCAGAACCUAAAGGCCUAACAUGAACAAUUAACAAUUACUAAUGAGAUAGGAAUUUAGGUUAUUAAUUAUGCUCAGUAGUUUAUAUAACAAGGUCUUAAUAAAGCGUUUAUUGUGUAUUAUCGCAACUAUCUAAUGAGUUAUAUUCACAUAACAAAUCUCAGUUAGAUGCUAGAACUGAUUUUACAAUGUUGACAUGAAAUAAAAAUUUCAUGAAUCCUUUUUUUUUUUUAGUAGGGACCGUGAAGGAAGAAAUCACACUCGACUGUACAAAGUUUUACAAACUCACACUGUACUGUGUUUUAGCUGUACAUUUAUUUAUCUUGCCAUCACAUUUUUGGGUAAGUACAAAAGAUUGUUUGUUUUGCCAGUUAAAGAAAAGCAGUGCAUGUCCACAGAGCCAUUUCUGAACAUUUGGGGGCUCGAAGCGACUCCUAACUCAGGGGCCCCAACCCACACCAAUGAUAUUAUUUUAUGUGCAAGAAUGAACAGAAUUAAUACUUCACUAUCUUGGAUAAGGGAAUGUGUCUCUUCCUGUUUUCUGGAAGUGUUUAAAAAUUAUCUACAGAAAGUAUUAUAUGUAUAGUGUGAUGUAUAUUGUGAUGUAUAGAAGUAGUCUGGAUAGAUAGCUGUGAUUUUACGAUCAGUAGUCGUUGCUUUUUUGCUGUGAAAAAACAUUUGGACUCAGGGCCCACUAUUAUUGAUUAGUGUUAUUGUUUUUUUUGCAUUGUUAUUGUUCCGUAGAUUUAUGAGCUGCUGUUUUAAACUUUGUAGCCAGCGAUAGGUGAAUUUUUACAGUUAUUACAUGCUGGAAAAAUAUGAGACAGCACAGUUAGAGGAUAUCUUAGGAAACUAUGUGGUACAGAUUUUUAAGAAUAAUUCAGUUGCACAUACAACAGCAGCUAUAAUAUCUGUGUGUGAUAUCAUCCUCAAAAUGCACUCUUCAGUUUAUAAAACCCUCUCAUACUCUCAGUUUUAUCCAGACAUAUUUUAGCAUUUAAAAUAUAUUAGCAUAAAGUAUAAUUAAGUAGAAUUAAUAGAAACCUGAGUAAUCUUAUGCCUCUCUGAUUUAUCAAACACCAAAUGAACCUGCAGAAGAACUGAGAGACAAACAUGAGCCGCAAGCAAGAAGACUGCUACUUCUUCUUUAACUCCACAUGCACCAAGGGGGAUCGUUGCCCUUUCCGGCACUGUGAAGCCGCCAAGGGCAGCAAGACGGUGUGCAAAUUCUGGCUGCAGAACCGCUGCUUAAACAAGGCAUGCAGAUUUCGGCACAUGGACAUCAAGAAAAACCGCAGAGAAGUUCAGUGCUACUGGGAAAAGCAGCCAGGCGGUUGCCGAAAGCAGGACUGCACCUUUAAACACCAGAAGCCACGGACCAUCAGACGGCUUCCUGUUCUCCAGGCCAAAAAGUCUCUAGCUUCUGAGAAAUGGAAUGAAAAUCCAUCACCUUCUGAUGUGACACCUGGCCAGAAGAAGAAACACUCAGGGAGCUUCUGCUCGGCUGAUGCUGAGCGACUCCACUGCAAAUGUGUUAAGUGUGUCACACAGAAAAACCAGCCAGACCAAUGCAGAAAACAGGACUGCAACUUUAAGCCUGAGAACAUCAGACAGCAUAUUGUUCUCCCAGCCAAAGACGAUGAGAUCAACUUGAUAAUCAAAGCCCUUGAGGAGCUUAAGCUGGAGGACAGUGUGAACACCCAUUUAAGAACAGCUGGUAAGUUGGCAAAUAUAUAUAUAAUCACUUAUGUUAUCUUGGAAUAUUUAUUCCAUUACCUAAUAUAUAAAUAAACAGUGCUUGUCAGAUUGUAAUGGUUCCACCUCGAUAGAAAGACAAAGCAGUGGAACUGGUUCUGAGAAGGAAACCAUUUAAACCUUCACAAAGCCUGCAGCUAUGACUACUAAGUGUGGUGCACCAUGUGAUAUGUGACUUAGGAGUUUAGGUCAGUUUCACAUGUGAGCUGUUUCAAGUCUCUGGGCUGUUUGCUCUGAGAGCUUGGUAUAUUUGAUGGAAUCUGAGAGUUGUUUCCAGAGAAGCGAUCCCUUGUCCUCUUGAAAAUGGUGGUCUGGGACUCACUUCAACCCCGAUGUGUUCGUCAUCAUGUGUGGAAACU